AUGGGCGCAUUCACCCCACACAUGAUACCCCAAGCGGAGGUGCGUGCCGUUCAUCUCGCAUUACACGGUUUUAAAAUACGUCUGAUUGACUGGCCCCUCGGAUAUUCGCAUAGAAAACACAACGAUAAUGUACAUUAUGCCAAAAGGAAACACGCAUUCACAGCCGUAGGCGGCGAAAGCCAAGACCGUAGAGUUCGCGCUCGCACGGAAUAUGAGUUCCUCGCAGUUGCGUCGCAUCGGAGGGCUUUACUGCGGACGGGGUAUCUGGAUUUCAAACUGCAGCAAUAUGGAAGCGUCUAA